UUUGUUCUGUUUUGAUUCCAGUUUUGAACUGUUGGCCUGUAGGCCUAUUGUAUGCCAAGCCAGUGGCAUAGAAGAGAAAUUUAUUUUUGGCAAGCCCGUUUCCAUUCAGUCGGAGGUGUCAUUCGGGCCUAUUAUGGCUUCUGCAAUUGGGAGGGCCUCAUUGAAGACAUGGCUGAUUUCCAGGCAUGUUGAUUCAGCUGCCAAGUCUUUGACUUCAUACAUCAUCCAUGAUACCCAGUUCAGGAAAAGCUCCUCUGGUAGCUACAGUGAUGAGGGGAAGAGUACCAGUAGCUGGACUCUAGGUCGCCUCACAGUUGCUGGUGGGGUUGCUGCUGGCUUUGGGCUCCUUUAUGGGUGGUCCAGAGAGCAUGAAGGUGUUCAGGCAGCAACAGUGGAAGAAGGUGUAUUUGUGAAAGGCCUCCCAAAUUAUUCAUUGGAUGAGGUGAGCAAGCAUAGUACAGAGUCCAGUGCAUGGAUGACGUACAAGAGGGGUGUAUACGAUGUCACCGAGUUCAUCAAGCACCAUCCUGGUGGGAAGACCAUCAUGCUGGGUGUUGGAGGGGCUGCUGAUCCCUUUUGGCAUCUGUAUGCAGUGCACAAGGAACCACAUGUCCUUAAACUUCUUUCCCAGUACAGGAUAGGGAAUUUGGAAGAGGAUGAUGUGGAACAUCAGACAAAGAACAUGGAUGAUCCGUAUGCCAAUGAGCCCAAGAGGCAUCCUGCACUCAAGCCCACAUCUCAGAAGCCAUUCAAUGCUGAACCACCUGCUGCACUCCUUGUUGCUAACUUUCACACGCCCAAUGAGUUGUUUUACGUGAGGAAUCAUCUGCCAGUUCCUGAAGUGGAUGAAAAGGAUUAUUCACUGACUCUAGAGGGAGAAGGGGUGAAAACAUUAACACUCACCCUAGAUGAACUGAAAAAGAAAUUCCCAAAAUACAAGCUGUCAGCUGCCAUUCAGUGUGCUGGAAAUCGGAGGAGUGAGCUCUCUAAGUUUGAAGGGCUUGACCUGGAUGCAACUGGAAGCCCCUAUGGAGCCUCAGUCCCAGCUGAGAGGGCCCUUGACCCCAAAUCGGAGGUUCUUUUGGCUUAUGAGAUGAAUGGGGAGCCUCUUUCACGUGAUCAUGGAUUUCCAGUUCGGGUCAUCAUCCCUGGUGUUGUUGGUGCUCGCAGUGUCAAGUGGCUAUCAAAUAUCAUUUUGUCUAAAGAAGAGAGUACAUCUCACUGGCAACAAAAUGACUACAAAGGAUUCUGCCCAUCUGUGGACUGGGAUACCGUGGACUUCAAGUCUGCUCCUGCCAUUCAGGAACUCCCUGUCAUGUCGCUCAUCUGCGAGCCAGGGAAUGGCUGGAGGGUCAAGGCCAAGGAUGGCAAGAUUGCUGUCAAAGGGUAUGCAUGGAGCGGAGGAGGACGGAAGAUCGUGCGUGUCGACGUGACGGGAGACCAGGGGAAGACAUGGCAUGUGGCAAAGUUGCAGCAGGAGGAUAAGAAGCACGGGAGGCACUGGGCAUGGACCCUGUGGACGGUCGAGAUCCCCGUGGAUCCCAAGGGGAAGCAGACUGAGAUCUGGGCCAAGGCUGUCGACUCUUCCUACAACACCCAACCGGAGAGCAGCGCUCACAUCUGGAACCUUCGUGGCGUCCUCAGCAAUGCCUAUCAUAAGGUCAUUGUCAAUCUCAUCCAGUGAAUCCAUCCUGCUCUUCUGCUCUCAACAGUUUCCAUGUUCCACUUACUUUCCUUGAUAUUGUGUAAAUUAUUUUUUGAGCAUGUUACAUGCUCAACAAAUGUUUGUAGUGAUCUGGUUGAAUUUGGAGCUUCUCAAGUCAUGGCUGUUUCUCAUUGCAAACAAUAUUAAUCUGAUGCCCUUCAAAGCCUUGAAUAUUUAUGAAUCAAUGGAGCAUUUUUCAAUGAAAAAUGAGGACUAAACCAGGAUGAUUUGGCCAAUCAUGUUGGAAAGGUUUGCAAACUGAUUUUUCAGAUCUAGUUUAUGGAUGCAAAGCAAAUCUUGCCAAUGUUUCAUGUCAAAACACUGCUUAAUUUCAUUUUUUCAAGAUAGCUGGAGUGAUUGUUGUUCCUGCAAGAUAACUUUUUGCCAUAUUUGUUGAACAACUUAUACUGAAAGCUGCUCCAUCAUGUCCUAUUUCAACUCUGUUCCCUUCUUGGGUAUAUUUUUAUAUCACUCUUUGUAACAGGUCUUCCUUCUAUUAUUUCUCUCUUCAUAUUUCUUGUUGACUUUGGCACUUGGAAAGCUCAAAUCUUACAAUAUAUUUUUGCUUACAUUUCUUAAGAAACUGUUACAAGAAGAAAAAACAUGUUGGUAACAGUGGAACUUCAAAUCUGAUUGGUGUAAUACUGUGAUAGAGAGGGCAAUGUGCAUUGGUGAUGGUAUAAUUUUCAUCUCGGGGGGGGGGGGGGGGCCACAAUACAGAA